AUGGCCAGAUCUGCGGCGCUGCUGCUGCUGCUGCUCGCUCUUCUCCUGGUCUGCUCGGGGGCCGCGUCGGCAGCCGCCGCGGCGGGCAGAAUCAAGAGCAAGGCUGCUGCUCGGUCAGCGAGGGCGGAGGCGGAGGCGGGGUGCCGGGAUCUGGCGACGCGCGGCAAGUGCGUGGCGAGCGGCGGCGGGGGCAGGUGCCGGUGGUGCCGCAGCGAGGCGCUCGACGACAUGUGCUUCGGCGCAGCGGAGGCGUGGCGGCUCCCGAAGCAGGUCUUCUCCUGCGACCAGCCCGCCGGCGCCGCGCACGCCAGGAGAUAG